AUGGACGACUUUCAAACAGUGUCGUUCAUGGACCUUCUGGCACGGUGCGUUCAACGUUGCGUAGUAGACUGGCGUUGUUUCUGUUACAGGCAAGUUAAUGAUGAAUCGUACGUAGACGAUCAUGCGAGAACUGGAAUUAUACAGUUUGCACGCGCACAGCGUGAAAUAUUCCUCAAACUAUAUCUUUUACACGAAUUCUCACGUGAACAGAGUAAGCUUGACCGGGUUUUGGAAGGUAUGCAUUUAUUUGAUAACUAUCUCGAGAAAUGUGGCCGAGACAUUGCAAUGAACAUGAGGAAAGUGCAGGCUUCCGAUCUUUUGGUAGCAUGCCCCAAUACAGCACUGGCAGUUGACCUACUCUCCAGCGGUCGUUAUACACGGAUGCCGACUAUGCUGCCGCAACUGGCACAUGCGGCAACCGUAAACUCGAUACCGAUGCCACCGUUAGAUCCUGAUGAAGCUGAUUUGACAAUAGAACGGAUAUAUAGUGAAUAUCGAUGUCGAUUUAGGAAAGCAGAAUGCAGCCGUAGGGAUGUUACGAUGGAGUGCAAAAAUGGACAGUGCGUACUCUCACAUAAGGACCUAUUUCGUAUCACUAUGAUCUAUGAUUUCGCUUCUUGGCAAGCACUUGCUGCUGUACCUCUGUUGCUAGAAAAGCUUGGACACAGCUCAGAAGGGGAGUCGAGGUCCUCAUUUUUGACACUCAUCAUGUAUACCGUUGCAAUCUACAACACAGUAAAGCAGGGUAAUAUAUUCGAUGUUGUUUUCGACUGCGCAAAUCUCUACUCUGGGAAAGUCAUCAUGGAACGACUCAGGGGUCAAGCAGCAGACUACAGGACACUGAAACUAUCAGUGACUGACUAUCGUUUUUUUGUAUCUUCAGAACCUGAUCGGACUUUAUUAUCAUGCUCAGAUGUGGUUUUAAACGAUGACGAGUAUUUGGUACUCGAGGUAUACGCUUUCCCAGGGUUCAGAGAGGGAGACGUAGAGGGACUUACACUAAAGUUUCAGAUGGAUGGUCGUGGUGACAUUAACGUUGAAGUGGUUGAGUUACAAGAUUUGCUUAAUGAAACACUAAUUGUGGAACAUAAGCUUGAUCAAUGGUUACAUCGAGUAGCUGGACGCCUGGAACGAUAUCAGCUAGACCGUAUAAACGCUACGGGUAACUUCUUCAUGAACUACGCAACAGGUAGUCUUAACCUGAUGGGUCUCCCCGUAUCAUUCAGUCUUGCUGAAUCUUCUCUGCUCACGCGUCUUGUCCGUGUACGUGAGGCGUUGCUUGAAUUUGGUCGAAGCCUAGGACUCUUGCCAGCGGAUACCAUUCCACGGGAAUCAUUGCGCGAAGCGUGGCGCAAAGAUCCAUGCACACAGUGUUCCAGCAACAAUACCGAUUCGGAUGUGAUAACAUCGCCUGCUGUGAUAUUAAAUGUCCAGCUAAGAGAGACAGUAUGUGAUUUCUGGAUAUACAUGGAAGAGAAGCCUGGUGCUGUGCACGGAGCGACUGGAUAUGCAAUCGACCUUAACAAGGAGAUUAAGGGCGAAGAUAUCAACGUAUACCUAACAGUGGUAACACAUAAUGAAGAAAUCGCAGCUAAAAAACUACUGGUGACAUUUGGAUCUGCGCCUUUAGGUGUUGUGCUGCUGACAAAGAGUUACAGUGAAUACGCCAAUGCACGCAAGAUGCUCGUCUUUUAUCUGAACUUUAUGAUACAAUUUGCGGACAUAUGCGGUUUUGCCACGGAACCUCUGUCGCCCUCUGAUACUAAGGUCACUGGUCUGCUGCACGGCUGCGAGGUUACGGUGGAUGCCAGCGGUAGCAGCUACGCUGUCAUGCACAAGGGCAAUCUAUUACAGUUUAAAUCUGCAGCUAAGGCCACUGAAGCUGUCCGUUCAAUACUGAAUAAGUCAUAA